AACUUCACCCCGGCCUUCGCAUCAACGCCUCGCGCAGAGAUGUCCGCCCAUACCUCUUCGGUCCGGCCGUUGGCGCAUCUGAAGCAUGCCUUGCGACAAUGUCGACUCGAAUGCGACCAGCGGCGACGCUACGCCGUGCCCGCGACAGACGCCCUCUACCCAUCCCUUCAAACCAAAUACCCAUUGCCGGCCGCAGGCUUCAGACCCUCCCAGGCAAUAAAACAGAACAGAUUCGAGCCCGGCCUCAAGAGAAUCCGCGUCUUCCAACCCCCGCGCUCCACCAUCAAACUCUGCCCCGAUCCAAUCCAAAAAGUCACCCAAGACCAACUCGCCGUCCUCGACCCCACCGGCGCCCGCACCCGCCUCUUCGCCGCCAGCAACCCCGACAACGUCAAACCCGGCGACGUCCUGCUCGUGCGGCUGAAGAACGGCGAGCCCUUCGCAGGCGCCUGUAUCAAUAUCCGACAACGCAAUUCCCCCAUCGACACCGCGGUUCUGCUGCGCAACCAGCUCACGCGAGUAGGCGUGGAGAUGUGGGUGAAGGUGUACAGUCCGAAUGUCGAGGGCAUUGAGAUUGUGCAGCGCAAGGAGCGGCGGGCGAGGCGCGCGAAGUUGUAUUAUAUGCGGAAGCCGAAGCACGAUAUGGGCAAUUUGGAUGGUGUGGUUAGGCAGUAUCUGCGGCAGAAGGUGGGGGGGCAGAUGUCGAGUAGGAGUACCAAGGGCAGGGAGGCGAAUGCACAGAAGAAGAAGAAGGAUAAGAAGAAGUCGGAUCAGCGGGGGAAGAAGUGAGGUGUAUACCAUUUCGUUUGAGAUACCAAUGGUCAGGACCACAUUGUCGAUUAAGGAGCGUAUUCGGUCAGAGAUUACUUAUGAGUACCUUGGAACAGGCAAAAGCCUUGUUCGUCAAACUCC